GGGUAUACAUACUUUAGAGCUUUAAUUGUCAUUUAUUUAUUGAAUUUAUAAUUAUUUCAAUUAAUAUAACUAUAUAAAUCGAAAAAUCCUAACAGUAUGGUUUAGUGCUUGUACAAAUAUGCUUAUUUUUAACAUAUAUUUAUCUGUAGAAUUAUAAACUAUGAAGUAAUCCUGGAACCAAUAUUAGGUGGUAAUUAUAUUUGUAUAUCUUAUUAGACUUUUAAGGAUAAUUUUCUCGUGUUCUUGGUAAGGUAAAAUUAGGCUUAUAAUUACCAAAACGUAUUACAGUUUUUGAGUUGAUGAACUACUUAGAGCUUACGAGAAAACCGGCCUACGGACCUGAUUUUCAACGCUUAACUGUUCAGGAUUAUUUUUGAAACCAUCCUUAUAUCGAUGGCUAUCCAAUCUGCAUGUCGAUCGUUUACAACUGGACGUCUUUCAUCUCCUGUCCCACUCAUUGGAGGUUAUGCCACCCGUUUAUUAAUUAAAACCGCGUGGGCUCACAUAUUUAUGUUCCCCAGUUGCCCGUCCCUCUUUCGCACUCACACGUCAGCUCAACCCUUACUUUGUUGCAGCUUUAAAUCGGCAAAAACAACAACGUUUAUUUAUAAACUGUUCUUGUUGUUGGGGGCCUCUCUCCCUUAGUUCACAUUCUGCUCCAAGUUUCGCUCUCUAACACACUCACUUUACUGUUCUUGAGCCUCUUAUUCUUGGUGUUGCUUCGACUUCGCCUCUGUUUCUUUGAGGGUUGUUGUUGUAAACUCGGUUUCAAGCUUUAAUUACGUCUCACACAUAUGGGCUGUUCUGGCUCUGUGUAUGGGCAAACAGUGGAACUCAUUGUGUCUGUGUGGAUGGGAGGGAUAGUAGGGGGAGGGGCAGGGGUUACUGUUCUUCUGCUAUUCCUAUUUUUGUUUGCCCAACGCCGACGUCGCUGCACUCCAACGGUACUUCUGAGCGUGCCCGAAUUCGAAUUCAAAUUUAGUCGAGCUUUGCGCCUCGUCGCCGCCGUUCGCGAAGUUUGUUGCUGAUUCGUUUUUGUUUUCGUUUUCCCUACUCUCUCCGUCGCUCUCUUUUUGGUCUGCCACCCACUUUUUUUCGCCCGCUCGCCGGCUUUGGCGCGGCCUCAAAACCUUCACGACGUCUUGCAAACGGCUGAAAAUGGAGAAGACUCCACGGUACACGCAGCGGGAGCGAAACAUGGUGUUAAGCUACGCGGCGCAGUACAAGGACGUGAUCGAAAACAAGCGCACGGACGCGGAGUCGAAUCGCAAGAAGGACGAGGUCUGGCUUCAGAUCGCCAAGGAGUUUAAUUCGCGGGUCUACCACCAGCGCAGCGCAAAGCAGCUGCGCCAGCUAUACAAGAAUAUGAAGCUGCUACUUAAGAAGGACCUUUGCGGGGAGGACAAGAGCAACCACUCCUUCAUGGACCUGCUUAACACGCUCUCGCAACAGGAAUCCGCGCCGUACAUUAGCGAACAGCACUCGCCGGAGGGCGCGGGCGGAGGUGGAAAGCAGGGCGGCGCGGGAAACGUAGGCGGGAAUGGACACCACGCGGAUGACUACGAUGACUCCAAGUAUCAUUUAUUUUCUUCCUACUUGCAGAUGCCCCUCUACCCCGAGGGCAUGGACACGGACGUGAUUCUCAUUAAGUCGGAGACGAUCAGCGACAACGAGCAAACGGACAACGGGAUGGACUGCCUGGACGACGACGAUGACGACGACUGUCUGAGCCCCAAGGCACCGGAAGUGUGCCUGGAAGAAGAGGACGACGUUCUCUUCCCCACGGAUCUGCGCCAGCUGCAGCAGGUGGGCUCUGCCGCCGCCAGCGGCGGUGGUGUGUGCUCCGCCUCGCUGCCGGGAAAUGUGGCUAGCAAUGGGCUCACGGACCCUGUUCGCCGUGCCGCCAGCUCGCCUGUAUGCUCCACCAAGACCUCGGUGAGCUCCAGCGGGAGCUAUGCAUCGGCGCCCAAGCCGGACAUUACCAUCCAGACAGUGGGCCACAUUCGGGUGGGCAGUUUUGCCAACAUCAACAAGACGUUACAGAACAGCGGCUCCAACGCUGCCAGUCUGUCGGCCAGUAAUGGUGGCUCCAAUGGCAGCGGAGUGCUACCCCUAACGGCGGAGCAAGUGCAACAGCACACGCUCCUGAACGGCCUGGGCCUGUCCGCUGUGAAUCCGCCUCAGUCCCUGCAGGCGGCCAUCAAUGCCGCCUACGCUUCCGCUCCCGCUUCGUCGGUGGCCGCCAGCAGCCGCCGUACCCCUCCCACUCUUCAACUGCCACGCCUCCAACGCGGGAACAACAACACCGGCGGGAACACGAACAACUCCACGGUGACCGCCAAUGGCGUGCAGCUCCUGCUCAACGGCAAUCACCACGCUCAGCAGUCGCACCACCAUUUGGCGCGGGACAAGACGAGUGGCGUGGCCAUUGGAGCGGCGGGCAGCUUCAAUGGCUACAACGGACUGGCAGUGGCGGUGCCCUGCGGCACUUUAAACGGCAGCGGAAGCGGCAACGGAUGCGGCGGGAGCAGCGCCAACAGCAGCGGUGUGGGCCUGGGCGUGGGUGCGGGCACGGCCAGCACGGUAGGCGGAAGUCCCAGCGGUGGACCGAGAAGCCAGCACCAGGAGCUGAUGAACUCGCUGAGGAUCGAGGAGAGCAAGCGGAAGAUCGAUCUGAUCAAUGCCCAAAUCGAAUAUUGGCAGACGCUGACCCGCAAGCUAAACAGUGAGGCGGGCCACAUGCCUAAUCCCACGUGUCCGUGCCAUUUCCCAGGAGCCAGCGUCCUAUCGCCGACCGCAGUGGUCUCUGCUAGUGCCUCAUCCCCCGUCUCCGCCAACGUGCUGCAAUCGCAGGCCACCACUAGCUAGUCCGCAGUGAAAGGGCGGGGUGCACUAGGGAGUCCUCCAGACGAUGGCGAUGACGUCGGCGACGGCGAUGGCGACGCCGAUAGCGACAUCAUUUCGAUAGUGGACAUAGAUGAUGACCGGUUUGAGGAGGAAGAACAGUCGCAGGAAGAGAGCCGGGCCAUAACGGAUUUGACGCUGCCCAACGAAGAACAAGAUGACGAUGAAGAUGACUCACAGGAUGCCUUGGUCAAGGAUGUGGGCGUGGUGGGCGGCCUUUCGCCGCCAAACUCGCAGCCCCACUCCCCUCAACUGUCCGCAAAGCGCUUGUUGCGCCAGGAAGCCACCUCCGAGCUGCUGAGGCAGCUGGCCCUGCAGCAGAAUCAGAAGGGCUGCUAGUAUUUCGUCUAGUUUGCAUGCCGGGCAGCCCCCACUUAACCCCAACCCACUACGUUUAUGAGUACGUUUAACUAUUACUAUAUUUAUUUACGUCUAGUUUGAGUGCCAAAAAAAAAGGAGCCUUGCCAUCGAGAAUGUUUGCUAAAGGACUUGGUCAACAGGUCACAAUCAUUCGCAACCCGCUAUUUAUUUGCUAACCUAACUUAAAAUUAGUGCUAGAAUCUUUUUAUUGUUUUUACGUAUUGAGCCACUUUUUUUUGUUUUUUUUUAGUGUUUUUAAUGUUAGGUUUUCGAGAGCUGAAACCAAAAAAAAAGAUGGAGAAUAUCUUGACUUUGUACAUUUAUCUUAAAAUUAGAACUAACUAAAUUAGAGAAAGCAGUUAAAAGAACACAAAUACGAAAACUGUACAAAUGUGGUUCCUAAUCUAGUCCCUAAACAAAAGAGUGAAGAAACGAGAACGAUGCAGAAGGCUAAAAUGCUAUGCCUAGCCGUUAACUUGUGUAUUAUUUUUAUAUAUCAACCCAGAGAGUUCCCUGCUCGUGACCCCCAAUAACCUAUCCAAAGAACUGUAGCUAAUUUAAUGUACUUAAAGAACCAAAACAAAAUAGUCUGUACAGAUAGAGGAAGAUAGAGGAGAGGGAUGGGCGAACGAGGGAGAGAUGGAUCAACUUGCUGCUAGUCGUCGCUGCAUAACUGUAUUUUAGUGUAGCAUACAAGCCAUUUAGUUAUUGCUAAUUGUACGUGUAAAAUACAAAUAAUUGCCUACCCAGUUACCACAAUUUACAAAGAAUAACACCAAAGGAAAAGUGAAAUCCAACAAAACAACCAAACCAAACAAAACUCUUUAUACAUUUUUUGUAAACAAAAACUUAUUAAUAAAACAAUGAAUUUA